AUGGGUCAGAUAUCGGCGUUGCAGCGCAAGCAAAUGACCACAGUGCAGUCCAAAGCCGCGAAGGUGAUCGCCUUCGAUUAAGGCUCACGAUUGAAUUGGUUUUGGCAACCAUUAAUCAAAGUUUUCUCCGUCGCAUGCUAAGAAGGCGACCUUGGGAGGAAGUAAUUUAGCUUGCCUUUAUUCAUCCCAAUCUAUUCUCGUCUCUACAUUUAAAUUUUGCUCUCUAAUUUGAGGGCGGCGGCGACGACCUCGAUGGUGUUAUCAAGAAUCUCAGUCGGACCCUGCCUAACCUUGUUGGCGUCAAUAGUUUCAACAUUGGCCGCCCAGUCGCACAAACAGUGUACUACUUUUGGAUUUAUCUGCAAAUGCUUGCCGCAUCAACGACGAGUGCAGCUCUUGCUGAGGAGCCUCUAGGCGUCCAGAAGCAAGAGAAACAACGAGGAGAUGUGGACCAGGAGGCCCUUCCUUUAGUCGAUUUCGCGGUCCCAACAGGAGCCAUGGGAAAUUUAACGGCUGGGUUUUUCGCCCGUCGUCUUGGUGUCCCCAUCCGAAAUCUAGUGACAGCAUGCAACGUGAAUGACGUUACGUACCGGACUCUCUCUUCCUUAUGGCUUUGGACUAGAGCAAGUAUUCACAUCUGGAGGUGGACGAGAAUAUGCAUGCUCCAGAGGGGGACAGAGAGCUUUUCGCCUAUGUCAGUAUAAGAUUCACAUGGUCCGUCUCGUCACGGUGAAUGUUAGUGAGCGCUAACUUGUGGCAUAUUUGAGCGGGCACCGGAAAUGCACAAGAAUGUCGCCGAGGCAAUGAAUAUACAAGUUCCUUACAACUUCGAACGCCUUCUCUAUUUUGCUUUGUUCGACAACGCUGCAGCAGCUGGAAAGAAAGCACAAGUUCUAGACCACGGGGUAGACGCGGACGAUGCAACAAAUAAAACGACAAGGGAUAACUCCUCUUCUUUUUCUUCUCCUCAAGGCAAUGCACGUGCACACGAACAGGCGGGUGAAGGCUGCAAGCAGCGGAUGGAAGAACUUUCUAGGACAGGGAAAUACGCCUUGGGCGACGAAGUUUUUGGAUAUUUUCAAAAGUUUUUAGGCUGCACAUAUCGAGUCGACGAUGCUGACAUCUUAGAUACGAUUCGGCGGCACAGUUGUGGCGCUAGUGAAGAUGACAACGAAACAAAGAACCAACAUGAAGAUGCAACUGAUCGCGCGAAACCUGAUGACCCACACCAGACUUCAAUGUCAGAGGGCCUGCUCCUUGGACAGGAAAUGCCUACGGAGAAAGGAAUUCCGUACCUCUUGUGCCCUCAUUCGGCGUGUGGUGUAUUUGCUGCGGAACGACACAGAGAAGCCCAACUGAAAAAAGGAAGUGAUAAACAAGGUUGUACAGAUAUCGGCCCUCUUCACGCCUCGAUUAUCGAACAGCAAGUUCUUGAUCUAGAAAAAGAACAAGUUCCUACUGUCGCCUUAGCAACUGCGCAUUGGUGUAAAUUCGAGGAUGUUGUGGAUGAAGCAUUAAAAGACGAUCAACAUAAUGACGAACAGCAAAAUAUGACGUCUCCGUCUCAUCUACGGCGAGCGCGAGCCUUCCAGUUACCGAGUGCUGCCCUCAAAAUCCUCGAAAAGCCAGAGCGUCCCUACGAUUUGGAGCUCCAUCGAGUGGCUGGAGAGAACGAACCAAACGCCCAUCUUCGUUGGGAAUCGGAAGUGCGAGAACUGAUUACACGGUCUAGUCAGCAAGGAGCAACAUAGUUUUUUUUUCUGUGCUAGAUGUGGUAUGUCUCUGUGGUGGCGAUAGUGGCAGGACCGAAGUCGCUUAGGGUAACCAUUUUCUGUUGUUGUUUCCUAUGAAAAAAACGCAACGUGUCCCGCUGACGCUCCAGGUUAAGAGGGGAGAUAAUAUGACAUCAAUUCAACCUCCUCGUUGUGAAGGAUGCGUUGCAAGAAGAUAAUGAUGACUUUUUGAACUGGCAACCUGAUAAAU